CCACUUGGGAGGUUGCGCACGCGCUUCGCCUAAUUAAUUCAUCAGCUGUUUGGUAUAGAAAAUGGCAGAAACUUAGUGUUUGUAUACGGAACAAGUAGUGAAGGUCGGCUUUGUUAGUAAAGUAAUAAGAAGUUUAGAAGCUUUAAAACACAAUUAACAGCGUUUAGUGGGCAGCCCGUCGUAGUGUUGCAUUUAACGAUCGUAAUCAAUUAACAGGACUCAUGAAUAACACAAAUUCUUCGGAUUCGAAUGGCAGUAGGAAUUACUUUGUAAAUUUUAACCAGGAUAUCACAUCGUUGGCUGUGGGUUGCAAGAAGGGGUACAGACUGUUCUCGCUGAGCAAUGUCGACACGCUGGAGGAGAUCUACAGCAACGGCACCGAGGACUCCUGCCUGGUGGAGCGGCUGUUCAGCAGCAGCCUGGUGGCGGUGGUGUCCCUGGCCGCCCCCAGGAAGCUGAAGGUGUGCCACUUCAAGAAGGGCACGGAGAUUUGCAACUACAGCUACUCGAACACGAUCCUGGCGGUGAAGCUGAACAGGGCGCGGCUGGUGGUGUGCCUGGAGGAGGCGCUCUACAUACACAACAUCAGGGACAUGAAGGUGCUGCACACGAUACGGGACACGCCGCCGAAUCCGAGCGGGCUCUGCGCGCUGACCAUCAACAACACGGACAACUGCUAUCUGGCGUAUCCGGGCUCUUCGACCAUAGGGGAAGUACAGAUCUUCGAUGCCAAUAACCUGCACGCCAAAACCAUGAUCCCGGCGCACGACAGUCCCCUGGCCGCGCUCGCCUUCAGCCCGAACGGCAGCCGCAUGGCGACCGCAUCGGAAAAGGGCACCGUCAUCAGGGUGUUCAGCGUGACCGACGGCUCCAAGCUGUACGAGUUCAGACGCGGCGUCAAGCGCUGCGUAGCCAUAUCCUGCCUCGCGUUCAGCAUGUGCGGCCAGUACCUCAGCUGCAGCAGCAACACCGAGACGGUGCACGUCUUCAAGCUCGAAGAGCCCAAAGACAGCCCGCGACGAAGCGUAGACGAGGGAAGUUGGAUGGGUUACCUGACCAACUAUCUGCCGACGCAAGUGACGGACGUUUUCAACCAGGGCCGCGCCUUCGCGACCGCCCAUCUGCCCAUCUACGGCGUGCGAAACGUCAUAUCGAUAGUAACAAUCCAAAAUCAGCUGAGGUUGCUGAUCGCGACGGAAGAUGGCGUUCUCUACGUCUACAACGUCGACAGCGCGGAGGGCGGGGACCUGACGCUCUACAAAAAGCAUCGCAUCGACGAGUUCGAAGCGGGGGCGGCGUCGGAAGUCGACGGCGCCCGAUCCGAGCCGAAGAACAUCGAAGCAGGAGAGUCGGAUAGAUUCCGCGAGAUGGCGGCGGCGACGGAGUCCCCGCCCAGGGGGGCGUUUCAGUUCAGCGACGACCAGGAAUACCCGCCGCUGACGCAGAACGCGGACUGAGGACCGCGCUGUCCCAGCCGCGGUCGGGUUCAGCUCAUGUGCGUCGCGGUGUUUUUCAUACAUGUCGUCGUUAGAGCUAUGGAGGACGCCGUCCUCUACCUCGUCAGUUUUUUCGCUUGAACUGACCAAAAAAAAAAUUAAAAAUGCUUUUAUGUGUGAACUUUUUUGUGAUAAAAAAAAACCGGCAUUAACUUAACAAAAAAACAUGUAAAAUCUUGGAAAAUACAAAAACUACUGACGAAAUCAUAUCAUUUAUAGUUCUUAGUAAAAUUACCCUGACUAUUUGAAUUUCGGUUGAUUUAUUAUUUUAAUGUUUAUUACACAUAAAAAACACUUAAAAUUAAUAAGGCUGAAAUCCACGUUUGUAAAAUUUAGUUCAAUUAUUAUUGUAAAUAUUUCAAAAUUCUUAGGGGUAACUAAUGUAAGUAUAGAGUGGCAGAACAUUACUAUUAUAACUAGUUUAGAUAUGUGUAAGCUGUUAAAAAAAUAAUGUUUUUCCUUAAAGUAGAGGAAAAACACUAUAAUAAAAUAACAACCCGUAAUUUUCAACUGCAAUAUUUAUUAGUCAGUUUGUAUCCCUUAUUUUUUGCCAUGAGGGUUGCCUAAUAUCUUUGCAGUAAUUUAUUGAAGUGUAAAUUUAUUUUCGCGCAAAUUGUGCUUUGUACAUAACUUUUAGACAUAAGGUGACAAAAAGCAGUACCUAGUAGAAUGUUUGUCUUAAUUUUUAUUUUAGAAUUGCUACUUUUUGUAACGACCGCUAGGUAUAUAGGAAAUAUUAUGUCUAUUACCAAUGAAUGGAAAAGAAUGUUAAAUAUAUUACUUUUAUUGUA